AAUGCGGAAGUGACUGUCUGGGGGAGUGUCUGUGAGGGGUGUUGGUCGUUGUAGUAGUGAGGUGAUACCGUCUGAAGACAGCAGCCAGCCGGUAGCGUCCCCCGUUCUCUGUGUGUGCUAGACCAACACCGCCGCCAACAUGUCGAGCAAAAGAGCAAAGACCAAAACCACCAAGAAGCGCCCACAGCGCGCAACAUCCAAUGUAUUUGCUAUGUUUGACCAGUCCCAGAUCCAGGAGUUUAAGGAGGCCUUCAACAUGAUCGAUCAGAACCGGGAUGGUUUUAUUGAUAAGGAGGAUUUACAUGAUAUGCUUGCAUCCCUUGGCAAGAACCCAACAGAUGAAUACUUGGAAGCCAUGAUGAAUGAAGCCCCUGGACCCAUUAAUUUUACCAUGUUCCUUACAAUGUUUGGAGAGAAGUUGAAUGGCACAGACCCUGAAGAUGUCAUUAGGAAUGCGUUUGCUUGCUUUGAUGAAGAAGGAGUUGGUAUCAUACCAGAAGAUUAUCUGAGAGAACUGUUGACUACAAUGGGAGACAGAUUUACAGAUGAAGAAGUGGAUGAGCUUUUCAGAGAGGCACCAAUCGACAAGAAGGGCAAUUUCAAUUACAUUGAGUUUACACGUAUAUUGAAACAUGGAGCCAAGGACAAGGAUGAUUAAUUCUUUGUCGCAGCCGCUGCAAGAUGUUCUCUAGCUUCCUGCCUUCUCUGAGUCUCUCCUCCUGGUAGAACUGUGCAUGCAUGUAGCUCUUUAAACCUUCUCUGUGUAUUUAUGGAUUUAUUCCAUGCCUGUUUGGCACACGCACAUCUGUAUAAGCAAACUGGAAACAGAAGAUGUAAUUGUAACGUGUUAUUAGGAAGUGUAAAGAAUUCCUGCACCGACGACCAACAGAUUUUUGACGUAAAGCUGGAUUUUUUUUUUUUUGCUAUUUUGUAAUAAAAAAUGGAAAUAAAUGACUGUCAAUCAAAAAAAAAUUCUCGCUGUGGUCUGGCAGAGUGGAAGCAUUUCUCAUAGUCUCAGUAGUUCGAGUGAAAAAUUUGUCAGUGUCACCA